CUUGAUUGCGUUUGCUUCUCAGUUUUUCGCUUUCUCAUCCAAAGCUGAUCAGCUGGAGGAGAAGAGUCUGACGGAGCAGCAGAGGAACAUUUCCAGCUACUUGGAAUCAGUUGAGUCACUACAGAGAAAACAAUGAGCUCAACACAGAAGAGUGCGUUUGUGCUCGCUGAAAAAGCCUGGGCGGGAUCUAACCUACUGUACAAGUGGCAGAAAAGCUUUGGCAGAUAUAUUGCUGUUGCAGGACAGGACAACACAGUGAAAAUAUUUGAUCGACGUGGACACAAGUGGACUGAAAUCAACCUUCCAGGGCGCUGUGUGGGGAUGGACUGGGAUAAGGAUGGGGACAUUCUGGCAGUGAUAGCUGCAAAAUCCAGCUCCAUCUUUCUCUGGGAUGCCAGCGUCAGUAAAACAUCCCAGAUAGACAGCGGUAUGAGAGAUCAGAUGUCUUUCGUCUUGUGGUCAAAGACUAGCCCGCUGUUGGCAGUCGGAACAGUCAAAGGAAACCUGUUGAUCUACAAUCAGCAGACCUCACGCAAGAUCCCCGUGCUGGGCAAACAUAGCAAGAAGAUUACGUGUGGCUGUUGGAGCUCCCAGAAUCUGCUGGCUCUGGGGAGUGACGACAACACACUGAGCAUCAGCAAUCAUGAGGGAGACACCAUCAGACAGACAACGGUUCGGGGUAAGCCUGCUGAAAUGUACUUCUCGGUGAUGAAGACAGAUGAAAGCUCAGCUCAAGGAGAGAGCACAGUGAGUGUUUCUGUGGACAAGAAGAUACUGAUGCUUUUCAACAUCAACGACCCGGGAAACCAAAUAGAGCUAGCUUUCGAGCGCCACUAUGGAAACAUUGUGUCCUACCGCUGGUAUGGUGAUGGGUAUAUACUCAUUGGUUUCUCCCAUGGAUACUUUGUGGUCAUCUCCACACACAUCAGGGAGAUAGGAUAUGAGCUCUAUCGGGCUCACAACCAUAAAGACUGUCUCAACAGCAUAGCCAUCUCCACAGCAGUGAACAAGUGUGCGUCUUGUGGGGACAACAGCAUAAUAAUCCACGAGCUGUCAGAUCGUAAAGAUAUCAGCAGAAUAAUUCAGCUGCAUGAUGAGAAUAAAGGUCUGGAUCAGCUGAGCUGGACAGAUGACGGCCAGCUGUUGGCACUUUCCACACAGAGAGGGACGCUCCAUGUCUUCCUGACAAAGCUGCCCAUUCUUGGCGACAGCUAUGGCACCCGGCUGGCCUACCUCACCUCCUUGCUGGAGGUCACUGUCUGCAACCAGGUGGACGAAGAGAGUCCAGUAACGAUAGAAGUGGAAGUAGAGCCCACAUUCAUUGCAGUGGGACCAUGCCAUGUGGCUGUGGGGAUGAACAACAGAGCCUGGUUUUACGCACUGGCAGAUCAGGAACCAGGUUUUAAUAAGCUGAAGGACAUCGAGUAUUUGGGGACAAUAGCCAGCAUGUGUCUUAACUCUGACUAUGCAGCAGCGCUGUUUGAGGGGAAAGUCCAGCUCCAUGUGAUUGAAGGCAAAGAUCAGGACGAGAAGAAGCAGAUGAAGCUUUUUCCAGGCGAUGACAGAAAAGGCCGCAUCCUUUGCCACGCCCUCACUGCCAAUAUCCUCUACUAUGGCACUGAUUCUGGAAGUGUGGUGUCUGUCCCGGUGGAGGACUGUGAGGCAUUGAGCAGUUACAGCCAUUCAGUUGGUGUGAGGAAAGUGUUCCCUGACGUUAUUGGCACUUUCGAGUUGUGUUCAUCGAUAACCAAAACAGCGGCUUCCUGCUCUCCCCUGCAAACGCCCACAGGUGGUGUUAGUAGGGGAGCACCACGCUCCCCUUUUCCCCAGAAGCCUCUGGUCUUUGACAACGGUGAGCUGACCUGUCAAACGGCAAGCGGUAGAAUCAGCAAAGUGGAGUUGAGCACACACUCAUUCCUGAAGCACACGGCGACAAACUCCUCGACAGAGCUCAGCAGGCAGCUCGCCCAGGCUGUCAUGCUCAAAAGGUUCAACGAAGCCUUGGCUCUGUGCAAGUCUGCAGGCACUAAUGCAGACUGGGCAGAGUUGGGCAAAGCCUGCUUGGUCCACAUGGAGGUUGAGCUGGCCAUCCAGGUGUACCGCAUGAGUGGUAAUGUCGGCAUGGUGCGGUCUCUGCAGAGAAUCCAGGGUACAGAGGAAAUGAAUUUACUGGCAGGACAUUUGGCCAUGUUUCUGGAGGACUACGACCGGGCCCAAGACCUUUAUCUGUCCUCAAGUUCCCCAGUCGCUGCUCUGGAGUUCCAGGAGCACGAUGAGGCGUGCCAGGCAGGUAUGGCCAGGAUGUAUGUCAGGAGAGGAGCCGCUCUGGCUAACCAGAACAGGAGAAGAUUUCUCAAGAAGGAAUGUGGGGCCGUACUGGAGAGCAUGAAGCAAUACUCUGAAGCUGCUCAGCUCUAUGAAGAAGGACAGUAUUAUGACAAAGCAGUCUCUGCCUACAUUCGCUGCAAAAACUGGACAAAGGUGGAAGAGCUGCUUCCAAACAUCUCUUCUCCCGAGAUUCACUUGCAGUAUGCAAAGGCCAAGGAGGCGGAGGGCAAAUACAAGGAUGCGGCACGAGCCUACGAGAGCGCGAAGGACUGGGACAGUGUGAUCCGCGUGCUGCUGGACCACCUGAACAAACCAGAAGAAGCUGUUCGCAUCGCCAGAGAGAUGCAGAGCAUCGGUGGAGCAAAGAUGGUUGCCAGGUUCUUUCUACAGUCUAACGACUAUGGCUCAGCCAUCCGCAUCCUGGUUUCGUCCGAUUGCCACGACGAAGCCUUCCAGCUGGCGCAGCAGCACGGAAAAAUGGAGGUCUACGCAGACAUCAUCGGCUCUGAGGCGACACAGGAGAACUAUCAGUGUAUCGCUCUCUACUUUGAGGGAGAAAAGAAACACCUGGAGGCUGGCAAGUUCUUUCAGAAGUGUGGACAGUACAGCAGAGCGCUGAAGAACUUCUUGUUGUGCCCUAACACCGAAGACAACCUGGCGAUCGAGAUGGCGAUUGAGACGGUUGGCCAGGCCAAGGACAGCUCUUUGACCAAUCAGCUGAUAAAAGGCCGCAUCCUUUGCCACGCCCUCACUGCCGAUUUCCUCCACUAUGGCACUGAUUCUGGAAGUGUGGUGUGUGUCCUGGUUGAGGACUGGGAGACCGUGAGCAGUUACAGCCAUUCAGUUGGUGUGAGGAAAGUGUUCCCUGACGUUAUUGGCACUCGAGUUGUGUUCAUCGAUAACCAAAACAGCGGCUUCCUGCUCUCCCCUGCAAACGUUAGUGCAUUUUUAAAAGCAACAGAGUCUUGCUUUGAGCUCCCCAACUUUUCACCCACCAUCACAGGAGUGCUCUGGGACAACUGGCAUGCAGGCAGAGGGGUGUUUGUAGCCUAUGAUGAUGACCAAGUCUACACCUAUGCCCUGCAUGAAACCACCAUCUAUGGCCCACAGGUGGUGUUAGUAGGGAGCACCGCGCUCCCCUUUUCCCAGAAGCCUCUGCUCUUUGACAAUGGUGAGCUGACCUGUCAAAUGUCGUGCGGUAAAAACAGCAAAGUGGAGUUGAGCACACACUCAUUCCUGAAGCACACGGCGACAGACUCCUCGACAGAGCUCAGCAGGCAGCUCGCCCAGGCUGUCAUGCUCAAAAGGUUCAACGAAGCCUUGGCUCUGUGCAAGUCUGCAGGCACUAAUGCAGACUGGGCAGAGUUGGGCAAAGCCUGCUUGGUCCACAUGGAGGUUGAGCUGGCCAUCCAGGUGUACCGCAUGAGUGGCAAUGUCGGCAUGGUGCGGUCUCUGCAGAGAAUCCAGGGUACAGAGGAAAUGAAUUUACUGGCAGGACAUUUGGCCAUGUUUCUGGAGGACUACGACCGGGCCCAAGACCUUUAUCUGUCCUCAAGUUCCCCAGUCGCUGCUCUGGAGAUGAGAAGAGACUUGCUGCACUGGGACAGUGCUCUCAUGUUAGCCAAGAGGCUAGCAGAAGAUCAGAUUCCCUUUAUAUCCAAAGAAUAUGCUGUUCAUCUAGAAUUUGUUGGAGAUUAUGUUAAUGCGUUGGCACACUAUGAAAAAGGCAUGACUCACAACAGCAAAUUCCAGGAGCACGAUGCGGCGUGCCAGGCAGGUAUGGCCAGGAUGUAUGUCAGGAGAGGAGCCGCUCUGGCUAACCAGCACCCGAGCAGAGAUCUCAAGAAGGAAUGUGGGGCCAUACUGGAGAGCAUGAAGCAAUACUCUGAAGCUGCUCAGCUCUAUGAAGAAGGACAGUAUUAUGACAAAGCAGUCUCUGCCUACAUUUGCUGCAAAAACUGGACGAAGGUGGAAGAGCUGCUUCCAAACAUCUCUUCUCCCGAGAUUCACUUGCAGUAUGCAAAGGCCAAGGAGGCGGAGGGCAAGUUCUUUCUACAGUCUAACGACUAUGGCUCAGCCAUCCGCAUCCUGGUUUCGUCCGAUUGCCACGACGAAGCCUUCCAGCUGGCGCAGCAGCACGGAAAAAUGGAGGUCUACGCAGACAUCAUCGGCUCUGAGGCGACACAGGAGAACUAUCAGUGUAUCGCUCUCUACUUUGAGGGAGAAAAGAAACACCUGCAGGCUGGCAAGUUCUUUCAGAAGUGUGGACAGUACAGCAGAGCGCUGAAGAACUUCUUGUUGUGCCCUAACACCGAAGACAACCUGGCGAUCGAGAUGGCGAUUGAGAUGGUUGGCCAGGCCAAGGACAGCUCUUUGACCAAUCAGCUGGUAGAUUACCUGAUGGGGGAAAGUGACGGCAUGCCCAAGGAUGCAAAGUACCUGUCCCAGCUGUAUACGGCCCUGCAGCAGUACAGGGAGGCAGAUCGCACUGCCAUCAUUAUCGCCAGAGAAGAGCAGAGUCAAAAUCCUGGGUCUUUUGACCCAGCGUUUUGAGUUUUAGUUUAUUUUGAUGUUCAUGAUAUGUUUAAGUUCUUUAGGUUAUCUAAGUUCACUUGCUUAUUAGUUUCCCCUUGUGUUUUCAACCCCUGUUAAGUCUCCCUUGCCCUUCAUGUGUUUCAUGUCUGUUUCUUAUGUUUUCAAGUUCAUGUAGUCAUGUCUGCGUUUCAUUACGUUUCCUAUUUUAUUUUGUAAGAGGUCCUGUGCUCUGUGUUUUGUUUUACUCUUUCCCUGUGGCGUUGUUGUGUUCAUGUUGUGUCUACUGUGCCUUUCUGUCCCAUGUUUCAGGUCCCUAUGUUCUCUCCUCAGUUGCUGUUAAGUUUACAUGUCUAGAGUUUAGUAGGUGUGCUUCCUGUUUUACUGAGAAGGUCCGUGUCUGAUGUCAGUGAUUCUAGUUUUGCUUCCCUUGUCUCGUCCAGCCUGAUUACUCCCAGCUGUGCUCUCCUUCUGUCUCAUUCCCUCGUUAUCCCUCAGUGUAUUUAAGCCCUGUGUUCCUUGUUGUCAGUGUCGUAGUCUUCCUCAUGGCUGUGUUUCCCUGUGUGUCAGUUUAUCCAUGCCCCAGUUUAGUUUUGUUAUGUUUUUUGU